GUGCCAGGCAUGCAUUCGUUCCUGAAGGGGUUCCUGCCCAUCGCAUCUCUUGCACUAUGCUGUCUUGCUGCCGUCGCCAAGCGCGACUCGACGAUCAUCGUCUCCGGACAGACGUCGAAUACCGCGAGCACGGUGCAGUUCGCCGCAUCCAGCUCAGGCUUUGACGGGCCAAAGAUCACCAACUUGAACAGCACCACCUUCGACCUCUGGUACUUCGACGCCGUCUCGUCAGACCUGUCUUACUCUGUUGUUGCGGUCUUCUUUACUGCUGACCCCGGAGCCCUCUUUCCCGGUGCAGCCGACCUCGGCACUGCAGACUAUGUCGAGGUCUUCAUUACAACACCAAACAACUCGUUCGUGACGGCUAUCGGAGCAGACAGCUUGACGGUCACGACAGUGGGCGACGGGAGCUCUGGGACACUCGACGGCAGCGAAGCCAGUUGGACAGGCUCGUCGGACAUGUCUCAAUACAUGAUUACCUUCAACGCGCCAGAUGCUGGCAUAACCGGGACCAUGUCCUUCUCAUCAAUUGCCCUCGCACACUACCCCUGUGGGCCGGCGAGCAAUCCCUCAGGGCAGUCGUUCGAAUUGGCACCCGGUCUUGGAUGGGCGAACGCCGUCCCAGAUGCCGACGCCACAGUCAACUUGAAUGCCAACGGAGAGGCGGUCUCGUUCACAGGGGGUAUUGGCUAUCACGACAAGAACUGGGGUGACAAGCCGUGGGAUACCCUUCUAAACUCGUGGUACUGGGGUCAUGCUCGCCUCGGCGAGUACUCUGUCGUCUGGUUCGACUUUGUCGGCACGGACGGAGCAGAGGGCGUCAGCGCGUACGUCUCCCAGAAUGGGCAGAUCGUCGCCGCGACGUGCUCUGGGCUGCGGGUGCGCCCGGUAGGCGGAGACGACACGUACCCACCGACGACACAGACGGGUCUUCCGGACGGUUUCACAGUUAGCCUCGAUAUUCCGGGGCAAGGGACGCUAGAUGCACAGGCGCUGAACGGAGACAUAAUUCUCACUACGCAGGGUGAAUCGACGCGAUGGAUUGGACAAAUCACGGGGACUCUUGCUGGGCAACAGCUGGCUGGCGUAGCACUUUAUGAACAGUUUACAUUCGCGAGCUAGAUAAGUUAAAUCAUUGCUUGUAUACUUCUGCUGACCGAAAUAUCGGGUAAAAUAUUUGCACCAUAGAGAAUCAUAA